AUGAGCCAACGCCAAGUCCUCCAAGUUUUUGAUCAGUAUCAGAAGUCACGAGUUCAGUUUGCGCAAACGAUUGCUGAGCUAUCUAAUAGACCACAAAAUACAGACACACUGUUACAGUGCGGUGUUUUAUCACUUUUGAGGCCGUUGUUGCUCGAUGUCGUGCCGAAUGUUCAACAAAACGCUGCUAUGGCAAUUGGAAGACUAGCAAAUCAUAGCGAGGACCUUGCUAACUGCGUUGUGAAAGCUGAAAUUCUCCCGCAACUCGUCUACUCUAUAAAUGAACAAAAUAGGUUUUAUAAAAAAGCUGCAGCAUUUGUCUUGCGCUCCGUAGCCAAGCACUCUGCCGAGCUUGCGGAAAAAGUAGUUGAAUCUGGAGCACCCGACUCACUUGUGUUAUGCUUGGAGGAAUUUGAUGUUGGAGUAAAAGAAAAUGCUGCGUGGAGCCUGGGAUAUAUCGCACGACACAAUGCUAGCCUUAGUCAAAGGAUUGUCGACGCCGGCAGUAUCCCACUACUCAUACUCUGCCUUCAAGAACCCGAUAAUAACCUCAAAAGAGCAGCUGCUAGUUCACUGGGCGAUAUAGCGAAACACUCUCCUGAUUUGGCCCAAAGUGUUAUCGAUGCUGGCGCAAUCGCCUAUCUAUCUAAGCAUGUUACAACGCAGAUUGCGAAGCAUACGGCAGACUUCGCUGAUCUGGUUGUUGAAUCCGAAAUUUUCCCCGCCAUUUUAAUAUCUCUCAAGGACCAAGACGAAGGGGUUCGGAAGGAGUGUGCAACACUCAUCAGAGAGAUAUGCAAACACACUUUGGAGUUGAGCCAACUUAUCGUCAACUCAGGAGGCGCAGCCGCAAUCGUUGACUAUAUAGGCGAGUCCUAUGGAAACGCGAGCCUGCCUGGAAUAAUGGCUCUAGGCUAUAUUGCCGCACAUUCGGAGAGUUUGGCAAUGGCGAUAAUUCACUCACUCGGAAUAGCCCAACUUAAGUCAGCGCUGGUGAGGGAGAACGAAGACCACGUGAAAGCUGCAAUAAUCUGGUCAAUUGGUCAUAUAGGUCGUCACAGUUCGACACAUGCAAAAGCAGUUGCAGAUGCUGGCUUGUUGCCCAUAGUUCUGGCAUGCUACUGCAGGUCAAACAGUUCAGAGGAUUUGCAGACCAAGUCAAAACGUUGUUUGAAACAGGUCCUCCAGAAAGUUAUAGACAUUGAGGCCCUAGAGCCAUUGUUGCAGGAUUCGCCGCCAAAUAUUCUGAAACACGUAGUGGCACAGUUUAGCAAAAUUCUCCCGAAAAACGCAAACGCCAGACGAGCGUUUGUCCUCACAGGAGGAUUGAAGAAGAUUCAAGAAAUACAAGCCGAACCAGGCAGCGACCUGGCUGAAAGCAUCGAUGCCAUAAACAACUGUUUCCCCGAAGACGUCGUGAAAUAUUAUUCACCGGGCUACCCGGAGGCUCUCCUCGAAAGAGUAGAAGCUUAUCAACUUCCCACAUAG